AUGGAGGAGUAUGCGUGAGAACCUUGCCCCUGGUGCAUCGUGGAGGACUGCGGUGGAGCCUUCACCAUGGGCACCAUAGGUGGUGGAAUCUUCCAAGCCAUCAAAGGUUUUUGGAAUUCGCCAGUGGGAGUCAACCAUAGACUACGAGGGAGUCUGACAGCCAUUAAGACCAGGGCGCCACAAUUGGGAGGCAGCUUUGCAGUUUGGGGAGGUCUGUUUUCCAUGAUUGACUGCAGUAUGGUUCAAGUCCGAGGCAAAGAAGAUCCCUGGAACUCCAUCACAAGUGGUGUCUUAACAGGAGCCAUCCUGGUGGCAAGAAAUGGACCAGUGGCCAUGGUUGGGUCAGCUGCAAUGGGUGGCAUUCUCCUGGCUUUAAUUGAAGGAGCUGGUAUCUUGUUGACAAGAUUUGCCUCCGCACAGUUUCCCAAUGGUCCUCAGUUUGCUGAAGAUCCCUCCCAGUUGCCGUCAACCCAGUUACCAUCCUCACCUUUUGGAGACUAUCGGCAAUGCCAGUAAGGACUGCUGCCCCUGGAUUUAGGCGAAAGAGCUAUAGUUCAAGAAGGAUUUGGGA